AUGGCCGCCCCCGCCCUCAUGGGCACACCAGAUCCGCAUGGCCGCCGCCCAGGGCCACUUCCGCGACGCUAUCUCCCUCUUCCUCCGGAUGCGCGCCUCCGCCGCGCCACGCUCGUCUGUCCCGGCCUCCCUCCCGGCCGCGCUCAAGUCCUGUGCCGUCCUAGGCCUCAGCGCCCUCGGCGCCUCCCUCCACGCGCUGGCCAUCCGCUCCGGUGCAUUCGCCGACCCUUUACCGCUAACGCCCUCCUCAACCUCUACUGCAAGCUCCCGGAUUCGUUUCUCCACUCCACUGGUGUGACCAGCGUUGGUGGCACCGGAUCAUCAGCCGCAUUGGAGAGCGUGCGGAAGGUGUUCGACGAAAUGUUCGAGAGGGACGUGGUGUCCUGGAACACUUUGGUGCUGGGCUGCGCGGAGGAAGGAGGCAUCAUGAAGCGCUGGGCUUGGUCAGGAAGAUGUGGAGGGAAGUGUGCUUCCAAUCUUCGCAGAGUGUGCCAAUGUCAAGAGAGGAUUGAGGUGCAUGGUUUUGCAGUCAGGAAUGGGUUUGACAGCGAUGUGUUUGUUGGCAGUAGCCUGAUUGAUAUGUAUGCGAAUUGCACAAGGACGGAUUACUCUGUCAAAGUGUUUGACAACCUCCCGGUACGAGACCCAAUUCUGUGGAACUCCAUGCUUGCAGGCUGUGCACAAAAUGGUUCAGUUGAGGAGGCUCUUGGAAUAUUCCGUCGGAUGCUGCAGGCUGGAGUUAGACCUGUGCCUGUGACUUUCUCGAGCCUCAUACCUGUCUGUGGUAAUUUGGCAUCAUUGCGCUUUGGGAAGCAGCUGCAUGCCUAUGUGAUCUGUGGUGAGUUUGAAGAUAAUCUGUUUAUAUCUAGCUCCCUGAUUGACAUGUACUGCAAAUGUGGGGAGAUUAGCAUUGCUCGUCGCAUCUUUGACAGGAUGUGUUCACCAGACGUUGUAUCAUGGACUGCGAUGAUCAUGGGUUAUGCAUUGCAUGGUCCAGCAAGAGAGGCACUUGUGCUGUUUGAGAGAAUGGAACUGGGAAAUGCAAAGCCUAAUCAUAUCACCUUUCUUGCUGUUCUGACUGCAUGUAGUCAUGCUGGAUUAGUGGAUAAAGGCUGGAAAUAUUUCAAGAGUAUGUCAGAUCAUUAUGGAAUUGUUCCUACUCUAGAGCAUUGUGCAGCGCUUGCUGAUAUCCUUGGUCGUGCAGGAGAGUUAGAUGAAGCAUACAAUUUUAUAUUGAAGAUGCAAAUAAAACCAACUGCAGUGUCUGCUUCUGGGAGAUGGAAUGAAGCAGCACACCUACGAAAAUCUAUGAGAAAAAAGGGUAUGAAGAAGGAUCCAGCUUGCAGUUGGAUUGAAGUGAAGAACAAACUGCAUGUCUUUGUAGCUCAUGAUAGGUCCCACCCUUGGUAUGACAGGAUUAUUGAUGCACUGAAUGUUUUCUCAGAGCAGAUGGCACGCGAAGGGCAUGUACCCAAUACAGAGGAUGUUUUUCAGGAUAUUGAAGAAGAGCAGAAGGCAUAUGUGUUAUGUGGUCACAGUGAGAAACUUGCUAUAGUGUUUGGUAUUAUAAGCACACCUGCUGGAACAAGAAUUCGUGUGAUGAAGAAUCUCCGAGUCUGUAUUGAUUGCCACACAGUAACAAAAUUUAUUUCAAAGUUAGCUGAUAGGGAGAUUGUUGGUACACCAAAUGAGCAGCUCGUGGUGGAUGCCCAUGAUUCCAGGCAAGUGCAGCACACUCUGGAUUGUGGAGACGGCCAUUAUUUUUCUUCAGCAUGGAACCACCACAGCAAUGACCCUGCCAUCGGCUCCGGCGGGAGGUUGACUCGCACUGCGGCGGGGCGGGGCGCGUCGCCGCCGCCGCAGCUCGGCACGGGGGCUCGUCGGGUCGGCAGUCGCUUUCGGGUCGGGCGCUGUCGAGGCCAGCGGUGCCGGGGCAAUGCGGCGUACGGCGCGCGUUGGGCUGCCGGGAUGGAGCACGUAGUCGGGGGCAAGUUCAAGCUCGGCAAGAAGAUCGGGAGCGGAUCCUUUGGGGAGCUCUACCUCGCCGUGAACGUGCAGAAUGGCGAGGAGGUGGCUGUCAAACUGGAAUCGGUCAAAUCACGGCAUCCACAGCUUCACUAUGAAUCAAAACUAUACAUGCUUUUGCAGGGUGGAACUGGGAUUCCACAUCUUAAGUGGUUCGGGGUGGAGGGGGAGUACAAUGUCAUGGUGAUUGAUCUGCUUGGUCCAAGUCUGGAGGACUUAUUUAACUACUGCAGCAGAAAGUUCUCCCUUAAAACAGUACUAAUGCUUGCUGAUCAGAUGAUUAGUAGAGUAGAAUAUAUGCACACGAAGGGGUUUCUACAUCGUGAUAUCAAGCCCGAUAAUUUCCUCAUGGGUUUAGGACGUAAAGCAAACCAGGUAUUUGUUAUCGACUAUGGCCUUGCAAAAAAGUAUCGAGAUCUCCAAACUCAUAAGCACAUACCAUACAGGGAAAACAAAAACCUCACAGGAACAGCACGAUAUGCCAGUGUAAAUACCCAUCUCGGAGUAGAGCAAAGCAGAAGAGAUGAUCUGGAAUCUCUUGGUUAUGUGCUGAUGUAUUUCUUAAGAGGAAGUCUUCCUUGGCAAGGCCUGAAAGCUGGCACAAAGAAGCAAAAGUAUGAUAGAAUCAGUGAAAAGAAAAUGCUGACACCAGUUGAGGUCCUCUGUAAAUCGUAUCCAUCAGAGUUUACUGCAUACUUUCAUUACUGUAGAUCACUACGAUUUGAAGAUAAACCGGAUUACUCCUAUUUGAAGAGACUCUUCCGUGACUUAUUUAUCCGUGAGGGGUACCAACUAGAUUAUGUAUUUGACUGGACCAUUAUGAAGUAUCCUCAGUUUAGAGAUAAAAGCAAACUUCAGUCUAGUGGCAAGAUUAGUGGGUUGGCAGGCCCUUCUGCAGAAAGGACUGAUAGAACUGCAGCUGAAGCUUUGUUUAGAAGAACUAGAUCUGGUUCUGGUCACAAUCGAGAACACACCAAGCACAGAAGUCUUCUAGAGUCACUGAUGCCAUCCAAGGUGACUGUUGGUUCGGAUAAAACAAGGCCAUCCUCAUCAUCGCGCAAUGGAAGCACCUCAAGAAGAGCUGUCCUUUCAUCAAGCAAACCAAGCUCUUCUGGAGAUCCAAGUGACCCAAACCGCAUGGGUCGCCUGGUCCCGAGUAGCAGCAGCCGCCCACCGACUGCCCAAAGGGCACAUCCUUCAGGUGGAACUGAGAUGAGAUCAUCGUCUUUGUCAAAAAUCGGAAGGUCUUCACAUGAUGACGCCAUCAGGAACUUCGAGCUCCUCUCACUUGGUGCUGACAGGAGAAAAUAA